UGCUGGGAAAAAUUCCUCUUUGUGAUGCCGUUCAAAAUGGCGGCGCCAAAUGCAAUUUUAUCGACUUGAUGUACGAAUUCGUCGUUGUGCGUCCUCAUAUUACGCGACAUGCCGCCCUAACGAAGAUAUUUUACUCAGUAUUGUGGACACUGCUGUUUAUGACACAGACAUGGACCACGUAUUUGUUGUCACCAGGAUGCACCUGUGAAAGUUCCCAUGAUGCACCUGAGUCUGGAGGUCCUGGCAUCAGCCUCCAUCAAGAGGAAGAAGCCCUGGCCUCAGCUGACAUGGGUGGGAAAGGAGAAGGAGAGCCUGUUGCUGAUGGACCAUCGCCGUCUGAGUCUUCUCUAUCUGCCAUCCGGGAAAACCAAGAGGAAAAUCACCAAAGUCAGCAAGAUGCUUCCCAACACCUUAGCUAUGAACACUUCUCGCAAUGGUUCUUAUCUAGUAGGCCUACUGGCAACAGGAGAAGUGUUUGUGUGGCACAAGGACACAGAUCUACUGAGAACAACUGCCCCCCUUCCCAACAUAGAGGACAGUUCAUCACAAACAAACUCAAGAAGACACCUUGUCUACAUCUCCAAUGAGGGAGGAAAGGUCCUUGUUGUUUGUAAGGAUGGAAAGGUGCAUGUCUGGCAGAAGGAUGGUCAUUCCUCCCCCUCAGCUUCCCCUCAGAAGGCUACAGGAAAGAUAACAGAGCUGUCAGGCAGGUGGUAUGAAGUCGGGGGAGGAAAGACCCAACUUCCUGGGGUGGAUUGUAAGGAGGUGGCUGUCGAUGCUGUGUUCUUCCAGGAUCAGGUCCAAGGCAACUGUUGCACAUGUUCUUUUGUGUUCAACAAUGAGAGAACCUUUACUGUGUCAACUGCCCUUCUUCACUGGCACGAGAGAGCUGAUUCAUUUGCUUAUGGGCCUGUGCCAUUUUCAGUGACAUGGAAGGUUGCCCAGCGCCCUCUAGCUGCUGCAGUAUCAGACAGCGCAAUGAUCAGGUCCAGAGGUGCAUAUCUGACCUGUUACACGAAUGAUGGACAGGUGCUGGCUGUGGCAUGUAACCAAUGGCAGCCAAACGACACAAAGGUGAUGUUCGUGUCUGUGUUCACAUCGACUGCUGUUGAAGCCAACAUGAGAAGCUGUGGAGCCAAAACAUGUGACCUUCCUCCAAAGAUACUCAGAACCUACUGGAUCUGUGGGAUGAGGUGGACGUGUGAUGACCUGUUACUGGUCUGCAUCACCAAGCGAGGGUCAGUGGUCAUCCUGACCCGGCUGGGAGAGCCUGUCACACUGACCACUCACGGCUGCUCAGUUGAGAUGGGACCUUGCCUGUACCUGCCUCUGCAUCCUCUCAUUAUGUACAGCCCAGGUCAGGAAAACAUCCACCCAUCCAAGCUAGCCUCCCAAUCCCCUCCUCCCUCCACCUCAGAAAUUGACCCUCUGAAACAGCGCUUUUCUGUCGCCACCCAUCCCCGCCUUCCCAUCAUCCUCUGCUCCGACGGGUACAUGGUGACUGUGAUGCAGCUGCCGAGUGACCUCACGACCCCAAACGUCUUGAAGAUGCUCUGUGUGGAGGCUAACCAGGUGCUCUCAAGUCUUGGCGUUCAGCCGAAGUUAGGAUCCACCCUGACAAGGGUGUUCAAUCAGGGCGGUGUCAGUGACAAGGUAAAGGGUGGAAAACAGUGGAGAAAAGCUGCAGCUGGACUAAAGAUGUCCAACACAAACAGGGCAGAAGAGACAAACAGUUUCACAGGCACGAAGAGUUCAACUAUAAAGAAAGGAGGGCUGCCGAGGUACACUUUUGAAGAGCCAACUGACAGCGGUGACCUAAGCCAAUCAGAGAGUGACGUAUCCACCAUUGGAGCGAAUGUGAGUAAAGCAGGACUAGCAAGUGGGGAUGAGGGCAAGAUAUUCUUUGGAGACCACGAUUUGGUGAACGAUACUGUAGUACGCCCUGAGAAAGCAAAAAUGCCUUCAGAACUAGCGGAAAGUGUGUCCACCACCCUACUCUGUGCAUGGGGACUAAGUCUGUCCUACAGUGGUCAGUGGACUUGGGAGCUAGAGGUCAUCACCAGGCACAUAGCAGACUGUCUGGUCAAGCUGGUCAGCUGUCUCCUGCAAGCCGAGGAAGUGAGAGAAGAGAAGAAGAAGAGAGGAAAGACAAGGAAGGAACAUUCAGGACUUUUGAAGGCACUAGUGCUGUUCAGAUAUGCCCUGAAUAUGACCAACUGGGAUUCAGUUCACCAACACUGUUUACCUUGUGCAGUCAGACUGGUUGAUGGGGUCACGGGUCAGCUGCUUGGAAGGGUCAGAGGUCAUGACAGGCAGGUCAGAGGUCAGCUUGAAGCCCUGGCAGGAUGUCAGCAUCUGCUGAGGUUUGCAGAAGAGAGGUUGAACAGGGCUUACAUGUGGGAUUCUGGGAUUGGUGGAAACCUGGCACAUGGAAGUGGCUCAGAAAGACUUCCGGAUGCAGGCUGUAUCCAAGGCAAACCUGGCCAAAAGUUAGCCAAAAGCUGGAAGCUGCUGUACAACCUGACAGUGAAGCAGUACCUCUCACUGAAGACAGGGGGCUCUGCUAAACCAUCAGAACGAAGGGCAACACUGAGCCUGUUAGGCCAACUCCAGCACCAGCUACAAACACUGGGCUGUGGUAUAGCAAGAACCAAGAAGGCCAGGCCAGAUCCAACCAAUCAGAUUCUCCUUAUCGGGGACACCACACAAGCCCUGCACCAAUGGGAGGACAAACUGAAGUCCCUGCAAGACAAACCAGAAACUCCACACUCAGUUGCCAUGGAAACCAUGACCCUCCUGUCCAUCCUGUACACCCACCUGCUACAGUACAACCUGGGUGCUGCCCUCCUAUUGGUCCAAUCCUUGAUUGACAGCUGGGAUGGGGAGAGCUCCACCAAUCAGGGGCCAUCAAAGCAUUCCUCCUACCUGGCAGUUGAAGGGGGAGGAGAUUUCGAAGGCCAUGAUGAGGGUUUGGGUGUGUUGAGAAAGGCGUCGAGACCUGUGGUGCGAACGUUAGCCAGGUUUAUGGCAGCGUAUUUCAGCAACAGACAGCUGUUUGUGUACCCGCCACAUGCAGCCCAGCCAUUGCCACCUGUUCACCUGAAAGUGCAAACAGGCCCCCGUGCAACCCCCCUUCACCACACGGAGGUGGCCUCUGCAGUCAGAAGACAGAGCCUGUCUGAUGUGUGGACUGCAAACUUCACCAUGGAGCUCCUGCUGUUGUGUGGACAGGCACCAGAGGCCGUGUGGUUAGCCAACCAACUUGGAGACUGGAAGGGGGCCUUCAUGCUGGCUGUAUCUUACCUGGACUACUUAAAGACAAUCCCAGUAACUGCCAAACUUAACCAGUCCCUACAGCUGCCAGAGAGUCUCCAUCCUCUGGCACUGCUGCAGGGCAGGCUCAUGUCAUUCCUGUCCAGUUCACCAGGGGGCGCUGACAACUCCCAUGCUGCAAUAGAGGGGACAUUGCAUACUCUCAAGAGAACUGCUUCCACUGCAUUGUCAUAA